CAAUCGUUGGGUCAAACCAUAUGUCUUUAGAAUAUAAUGUACAUACAGACUUUGGAAUCGUAAACAACUUAGAAGAGGAUAGAGACAAAUCCUUGGCAAGGUCGCAGUUCUUCAAAUGAUCAUUCUGUGUUUUCGGCAGUGUGUUUUGAUUAUGAUAUGGAAUAAACUUGACACUUUAAUAUAGAUUUCAUUGCAGUAUUGGAACUAUUAUCAUGAGAUCGUGUUAUUGGUGCUUUAUACUUACAUCAUAGCGAUUAGGCGACAGGAGUGUAUUAAAUAACAGCAAUUGGUUUUAAAGACAAAAGUACAAAAUGGAAUAGAAUGUGAUUUCUUUAAGGAUUUUUACUUAUCGAAAAAAAUGUAGAAAGUUCUUUUAAGGGCGAGAUAGUUGGAAGUUAAGGUUUCUUUAAAAAAACAACACAAGAGACAUAUGUUUGAGAAUAAAUACUUUAGGAUUAAGGAAUACAUUGUUCGUUAGAAACUUUUAACUUUUUUGUGACAGAAGACGAGCCAUCUUAAAGAUGUCUGCAGAGACGCCAUUGGACGAUAGUGAGAUCCAUGACUUGGUGCUCAUGUUCUCUAACUCUCGGAUGCCGCGCGGCUCUGAUGCCUUUCAGACGCUUGUUGGAGAUUUCUUGAAAAAUGAUUCCCCGGAACCCGUUCCGACAGCCGACGACGUCGACGCCACGGUGUCUGACUCGAGUGACGCCUCAGGAGGAGUCGCCGAUAAAAGAGAUGGCAGUGACGGAGAACUGAUUUCAGUGAGGCCCGUGCCGCGGCCAAUGUCGCUGCUCAAAGAGCCCGGAAGGAAAAAGAGUGUCCGCACGGUGUCGCCCAAGCCAGGGCACGUACAUUGGCCGGAUGAAAUAAAUCGUGACAUCGCCUCCAGCCCCACUACCGGCAAACUCCACUCCGCCCGGCUUUACAACAAAACUACCCCCAAACCCAUCCUCAAACAUGAUGAGGCCCUUCUUGUCCAUGAUUUGAAAAAUCCAACUUGAUACCGUUGUAGAUUAGUUUUAUAAUCUACCUUAAUACAUUUUGCUGACAAAACGAAUGUGUUCGCCGAGACUCGCCUGUGGCAUCUUGACUAAGUCAACCUUUUUUUUGAAAACUUGUUUAAACAUGUUUAAUUAUGUGAAUACAGGUUUGUGUCGGAACGGAGAACCUUAAUAUGGAGCAUAACUUACAAUUUCAGCCUUUUCAUGAUGAAACUAAAGUCAACAUGUUUACUGAAAUGGUUUAAACAUGCUUUAAGAUGUGCUUGAACGGGGAAACUAAUAUAUAUUGAGGAUAAAUUACUAUUCAGCCUAGUUGGUAUUAACCUUUUAUUUAUAAUAAAAAUGUUAAAACAAAAGUGGUGUAAAAGAAAUGAGGGGGGGGGGGGGGGUAUUUUUCCUAUAUGUUUCUUUAAAUAGUACUGUGUAUUUUAUUCCGUUUUAUUUAUAUAAUCCAGAAUAUGAGAGUUCCAAUUUCCAAUUUUGACUAUGGCCUGUUAGUGUUCGAAAUUAUGUUUUGUCUAAUUUCAAGUAUUUUUCAAAUCUGUCGUACAUUUAUUCUUGUGAAACAGCAGUGACUUGUUGUUGAUUUAAUCGGAUAAAUCGAUAGAUAUAUACAGGUCUGGGCCGGUAGAAACCAUAAUACUAAGCCGAUUAACGGGUUAUCAGUAUGCAUUUACCAAUAUAAAAUGGUAAAGCGUCUGCAUUCAACCGUUUAUUUGGGUAAAUAUGUAUUAAUAACUAUAACUUAUUGUUGUUGUUUUGAAAAUCAAUGUUUUUUCACGACGAGAUUAUUGAAGCAGUAACUAUUUUAAAUUAAUUUGUUUUUCUUUUUAGUCACUUUUAUAUACAUGUAUAAUGAUAUUGCAUUCUAAAUGCUAAUUUUGCCCUCAAUGCAUAAAAAGUCAAAACGAUCGGUGACGCAGACACCGUCUUUGAUUACGUCUUAUUGUAGACGUACUACCGUUGACGUUGAAUAGUUUGAUAACGUGCACGUCUUUAAGUGACGUUAGAACGAUUUUGGCCAGAAAAGGGAAGUGUUUAAUGCUGAGAAUAUUUGAGUGACUUUUUUAAGUAUAAAAUACAAGAUUUGAUUUUGUAUUGUUAUGAUUUUUAUCAGGGUGUUGUAAAAUAUUAAAAUGAUAUGCCAAUAAAAUUGCAUUUACGGAA